GCGACAUGGCAGCCCUCACGACCCGGCUCCUGGUGGCGGCGCUCCUGCUGGCGUUGUGCGUCCUGGCGGGGGCUCAGAAGCCUUCCCCCUGCCAGUGCUCGCGGAAGGACCCCGAGAAGCGAGAAAACUGCGGGUUCCCGGGCAUCAGCAGCGAGCAGUGCUUCGCGGCCGGCUGCUGCUUCGAUACCUCCAUCCCCAACGUGCCCUGGUGUUUCAACCCCCUCCCGAAGCAAGAGUUGCAGGAGUGUGUGAUGGACGUGUCCGCCCGCCGGGACUGUGGCUUUUCGGGCAUCAGCCCCCAGGAGUGUGCCAAUAGGAAGUGCUGUUUCUCAGACGACAUCCCCGGCGUGCCCUGGUGCUUCUUCCCCAUCUCCGUGGAAGACUGUCAUUAUUAGAAGGUCGUGGCCACAGGGAGGAACCAGCCGCCCACCAUCUGUCCAUCCGUUCGCU